ACUGACGAAAGCAACGAAAGAGAAACGCGGUCUCGACGAUACACCGGACCGGGAAUCGAACCCCGAGCGUAUCCGCCGUCCUGCGUCAGCGGAGAAGGUUAGGGUUUGCUGAUGUCAGGACCGGGGAGGAGGACGGUUGACGUGCAGGAUAUGACAUGCGCGCCGACGAAGAUGGUCAUCCACGCACUCCUCUCUGCCUCUCCGUCCCCAACACUGUCCACAGCAGGCACGACCAGCCAUGGCCCCCAGCAAGGACAAGCAGGCCGAGAUCGUCGAGCAGUUCCGUGAGCAGCUCGACGAACAGGACCUACUACCUGAAGACGACAUCGGCACUGACGACGCUUCGUUGCUCCGUUUCCUGAGAGCACGACAGUUCGACUUGAAGGCAGCGACCACGAUGUGGGAGAACUGCCAGAACUGGCGAAAGACGGUGGAGGGCAUCGGGAUAGACGAGCUGUACCGGCGACUGGAUCCAUACGACUACCCCGAACGCGCCGCGGUCUUCGAGUGUUGGCCACUCUGGUUCCACAAGACGGACAAGAAGGGCCGGCCACUCAACAUCCACCACUUCGGCGGCAUCAACAUGCCCGAGCUAUACAAGCACAUCACACCCGAGAAGUUCUGGCAGACCAUCGUCGUCAACGCUGAGUCGCUCACGCGCGAGGUCCUCCCCGCGUCCGCGCGCGCGGCGGGCCGCCAGAUCGACGGGACGUUCGUCAUCGUCGACCUCAAGGGCUUCGGCCUGAGCCAGUUCUGGCAGAUGAAGAACCUCGCCCGAGACUCGUUCCAAAUCUCCCAGGACUACUUCCCCGAGACUAUGGCUCAACUAGCGAUCAUCAACGCACCCGCAUCCUUCACCACCAUCUGGGGCUUCAUCAAGCCCUGGCUCGCGAAGGAGACACUUGCCAAGAUUGACAUCCUUGGCUCCGACUACAAGGAUGUCCUCCUGGAGCAAAUUCCCGCUGAGAACCUGCCCGAGAGCCUCGGUGGGACAUGUACGUGCGCCGAGGCGGGCGGGUGUAAGCUGAGCAACGCCGGCCCGUGGAUGCAACAUCGCGCGGAGCGGAGAGACAAGUGGUUGCGCGGCGAGCGGAAGCGCAUUGGGCUGGGCUUGGAGGGCGAGGAUGAGGACGAUGGGGUGAGGGGAAUCGGGAGCGGCGAGCAGACAAAGGCAGCCACGAACCAGCUGGAGAAGCAGGCGGAAGGUGUGGCUGCGAUUGGGCAGGCUGCGGAGAAGCAGCCCGCAGAAGUGAAUGGGAGUGCGUUGGUGAGCCCGGAGGACACGCAGACGAGCUCGCCGGAAUCGGUGGUUGUGCAGUCGCCCUCACAGGCGUUACCGGAGAAGAUCGUAAAGUCUGUGCGGGAAGUGUAUGAGCACCAUCCGGAGACGAGGGAGCCGCAAAUGGGCGAU